AUGGUAGUAAGGCAGAGAGAGAUCAGGGCAGCAUACGUGGGAAAGGGCUGGGCAAGAAAGGACACAACGGAUCAACAGAACGCAGCGCUACCGAGGGAGCAACACAAGUACACAAAAGUCGCAAAUCUGGACUUUGAGGCACGCGUCCCCGUUCCCUUCAGCAUCUUCCCAUCGACAUAUCGGGAAUCCGAAUCCCACACACAGACCGUUACCGAAACAAAGAUACACGAAGAGGUUGAGAUCAAACCCCAACAGCCCGAAGCCGGACGGGAAGGUGAAAUAUCUUCUGUCUCCGUCACCGCCGAACAGGUCCCUCCUCCUCGUCAAGAGCAAGAGUUUAUCGAAGAAGAGGUCCAUAUUACGCGUGAAGAAGAACAUUACCACCGUCCCGGUGUCCAAAAAUUCGAGCACGAAGACUUUACUAUCCGUGAAGACUCCCGACGGUACGUUCGAUUUUACAUUUCCUUUCAUCUCCAUUUAGGUCGCAUCUUUUUCGUUACUUUUUUGGUCAAUUACACGGGGGAUACGAUUUUCCCACGGUCGGAGAAAGCCCUGCUUGCUCUCUAUGCCUAG